CAUACUUGACAGGUGUUGUAUUUACACCUGGACAGAGAGAGGAGCGUCUCAGCAUCCCGUCCUGAGGUCUCAUUGAUGAAAACGACACGUUGGAGUGAACAGGAGGAACAGACAACAUGUCCUGUCUCCACAUCAGAGGGAUUUUUCUCACCAUGUCUUUGGCUUCAACUGCUUUGUCGAGCCUGCACCCUGAAUGCGAGUACAUAUUUCAGAUGGAGAAAGAGGAGCUUCGCUGCCUACAGUACGUUGCAGAGCAUGGCAACAGAAGCACAGAAGGUUGUCGACCAUUCUGGGAUGCAGUCGCCUGCUGGCCUCAUGCAGCCGUUGGGGAGACAGUCCAGAGAGCUUGUCCUGCCGUCUUCUCCCUCUUCAAAAACAACACAGGUUCAGUGAGCCGCAACUGCACCAGCAGAGGUUGGUCCAGGCCUUUCCCACCGUACCACGUCGCCUGCAGUGUGGAUGAUGACAUUCCCGAGACAGAGCAGUCGUACUUUGCCACAGUGAAGCUGAUAUACACCGUCGGCUACAGCAUCUCUCUGGUGGUGCUGGCUCUCGCUGUGUUGAUCUUGUUGCUCUUCAGGAGGCUGCGCUGUGCCAGGAACUUCAUUCACAUCCAACUUUUCAUCACAUUUAUCCUGAAAGCUGUGUCAGUGUUCAUAAAGGAUGCAACUCUGUUCUCGAGCGAUGACACCAACCACUGCACUCUUUCCACAUUUGCCUGUAAAGCCUCUGUGGUCUUCUGUCACUACUGUGUAAUGUCCAAUUUUUUCUGGCUCCUGGUGGAGGCGCUCUACCUCAAUUCCCUGCUGCUUUCGUCCUUUUAUCACAGCCGUCGAUGCCUUUGGGGCUUCAGCCUGCUGGGAUGGGGAGUACCUGUGCUCUUCAUUAUCCUGUGGAUUGGAUCCAGGGUGUAUUUUGAGGACACAGAAUGUUGGGACAUCAACGAGGACUCGCCCUAUUGGUGGAUCAUCAAGGGACCAAUUGUUGUGUCUAUAGCGGUCAAUUUCAUUCUCUUCAUGAACAUCAUCAGAAUCCUGAUUCAGAAGCUCAACCCCCGGCUGAUCCACUUCAAUAACUCCUCUCAGUACAGACGCCUGACUAAGUCCACCCUCCUCCUCCUCCCUUUGUUUGGUACUCACUACAUGGUCUUCAAUUUUCUGCCUGACUACUUCAAUGUUAACCUGCGCCUCUGCAUCGAGCUCUGCUUGGGAUCCUUCCAGGGGCUUCUUGUGGCGAUUCUCUAUUGCUUUCUCAAUCAAGAGGUCCAAAAAGAGGUCCACAUGCAGUGGCUGAGGUGGCAGGAGCGGAGCUACGGUGUGGUGUCACCUGCUGCAAAAUGCAGCCAGAUGGACACACCCUUCUAGUGGUGGCCUUCACCCUCAUCCUAUAGGUCUUCUGCUAAUUGGACAUUGACUGAAGAUUGCUUCUGUGCACGUCAUCGUCUCCAGUGGGCUGCACAGUACGCGCAUCACCAGCGCUUGUCGGCCACGUCUGUAAGUUUUCAUUCCAAACUCGAUGAUAGACUUUUUUUUACUGGCAGCACUUCUUCAACCAGAAUGGAGGAACUGGGGUGAACUUUUCCAACGGGGAAUGAUUCUGAAAUCUCCCUGCCAAUUACAUAUGCAUUUCACUUAAGACACUGUGGCAACAAUUUCAGGAAGAUCAGCUUCAAGAUUUCCUUGGAGGCCUCACUGAUCAAAUUAAAGAAUGCCAAUUUGGUUGAGCUGAGAGUUUAGCCUAACAAUUAAAGAACCAUCAAUUAGCAAGUAAAUAGUUCAACCAGAUAUAGGUUUUAUCCUACAAAACGACACACUGUCUUUUCAAGUAAUGUACUCACUAUGUACUGUAAAUGCUAAAGUAAGAUACAGUAUAUUGAAAUUUGAUUCCAUUUAUCACCGAUGCUGAAGCGUAACCUGUUGAACGUAUGAUAUUUAGACCUUUUCUUAUGAAGCUGUAUUCUACUGCCAAGUGACACAAAGAUUAUUCAUUACUAGCUGACUCGCAUGACAAUUAAAAUGGGUUCUUAUUAAUUCUUUUCAUAUUAUUCAAUGGUGUUAUAACAUUGUGUUACAUAAUUCAUAUUAUUCAUAUUAUCUCUGUGGGAAGCACUGAUUGAUAUGAGUUGUGUGCUUUCUUGUUUUUUGUACUUUUUUGAAUUAUUUAUUUGUUUUCCAUUCUUUUCUUUUCUUUUUGCAGUGAAAAACUGCACACUCUUGAACUUCGAUGGAAAACUGUUGACAGCCACUUCACUGUAUACUUGCGUGUUGUGUUCUGUCAUGUCAUGUGAUCGAAAGAAAUCUCCACUAACAUCUGCAAUUCAGCAAAAGACUAGACAAUAUCAAUAUAUAGAAUAUCAAUAUAUAUGAUUUUAACAUAUUGUACAGUGCUUUAAACUGCAUGGUUAUACAAAGAAUGAUAAAACUGGAUAUAUUAUUGCCAUAAAUAGGGAUUCAUCGAUCCGACUUUUUCAGUCCCGAUACCAAUGGUGAUACCAGUAUUUAAUUAAUAAGCUGUAUGCCUCACGGUGUGGAAGUGACUGGGAUCAUUCUUUAUGUGUAAGGUAACAUCAGGCCUGA